GGACAGUGUUGCUGUGUUGACUGAAUGAGUAGACGACCCCCUUUGAAAUUCGCUCAAGCCAAGAUGUCUCUUACCCCUCCAUUUACCGCAGAAACCGCCCAUGCCAAAGUCAAGAAGGCCCAAGACCUUUGGAACACUCAGGAUCCUAAAACAAUUGCGAAGGCAUAUACACCAGAUAGCAUUUGGAGGAAUCGUGCCUCGUUUUUAACCGGAACAGCGGCGAUUGAGGACUUCCUGACUAAGAAAUGGGAAAAGGAAAAAAGUUACCGUCUCCGUAAAGAGCUGUUCGCUUUCACGGAGAACAAGAUUGCAGUCCAGUUCUGGUAUGAGUAUCAAGAUGCCCACGACGGCAUGAAAUGGAAGCGUUGCUAUGGCCUAGAGGAUUGGACAUUUACUGAGGAUGGAAGGAUGCGGAAGCGUCAAAUGAGUGGUAAUGAUGUUGAGAUCAGUGAAGCUGAGCGGUGGUAUAAAGACGGUGUCGAUGUGAACGAAGUUGAUAUCAGUGAGGCUCAUUGGUAAUGAGUUAAAACAAGCACUAGGUUCAAAAUCGAGGGGUAUCAUUUAACGCCGAUAAAAGUCCAACGCCAAUUAUGACAUGCGUACUUGUUAGAUCCGUUAUGCUGGGGGUGUAUCGUGAAUUACGACUAGGAUGAACUUGGGAUCUAGAUUCAUUUUAGCACAAUUUCGCUGAAUCAAUCAGGCCAGGGGCGCGCACCAGGCAC